AUGUGCCAAAAGCGCAGCAUCAAGAAAGCGAGCAAUUCGAGCAAAGGCUUGCUGUCCUCUCUCCUCACGACAGCCACGCCUGUCUCGUCAGCGUCCAUCAAACAGCCCCAGGCAGCAUCAUACAAGCUGGGACAUUCGAGGUCCCUUUCACAGAAAGGCGGAAGCAUGACCUCCAUCAGCACAAGCCCCGAGACCGAGAUACCCGUCGUUCGGCCGUCUAGACCUCCCACCGAACAAAAGCGAAUAAGGCCAGUAAUCGCAUUGUCUUCAAGCCCCGAAUCGUCCCGCCGCUCCCCUGGCCGGCUGGUAAGCACCGGUUUUAUGACCACCGACUCCCAACGGACCGCCAGCCGCUCCCCGCCACCAGCCAAACUUGAACAGUGGGACAAUGCCGAUGUUGAAAGGCUUUCGCACUCGAUAUCAUCACCACCAGUGCGGCAGCGCAGAAUCCCUAACUCCGGCUGGUCACCCAACACCCUGCGUCGGUGCGACAGCCGAUAG